AUGGCGAGUCCAUCGGACAAUUCAAGCGAUUCAAAUGCGAUUCCUCUUACAGAAAACGAUAUUCCCGGCGCUUCUCUACUUGGACGAAAACCUGAGGAGUUGAACAACUCGGAACUUAAAUUCUGGCUGAAAUGUCGCGGAGACACAGGGAAAGGUUUGAAGACAAAAGCGGAGCUAGUGAAACGAGUGUACGAGUACAUACGAAGCGGCAAGGACAAACAGAUCAUAGAUCCAGAUCCACGUAAAAUAUAUAGCCGUAGAAAGCAAAAGCAAGGCACAAGUUCAGAGCUUGUCAAGGAAAGUACAGCGGCUGCAGAGUUUCCAACUACUGGAUGGGGGACGUCGUUGGAGAAGAUGCCAAUGUUCACGCGACUGCAAAUGAAUCACCACAUGUUGAAGUCCGGGAAAACCAUUGGUAAUAUUGAUCAUCACACCGUCCCGACGGGGUUGGUAAAGGCCAGGCGCUUCUUAGAUGACGAAUAUCUGGAAGAUAUUGAAUGUGCCAGUGAUUCGAAGUACUUCUUCUUCAAAGGGAAGUGCUGUCAUAGUUUUCGAAAAAAUGACCCCCCGCAUAAUCUGAAAAUCGCCUUGUGCAUCUUGUCAGGAGAAGUGGAGAGUGCUUCGUGUUCAUGUGUGGCAGGAAAAAGCGGAUUCUGUAAUCAUGUGUUGGCAUUGAUGUUCAAGAUGUGCAAGUUUACGUUAUUUUCCUGUAAUUCUACCAAGGACCUGAUGGAGGAACAGGACCAGCAAUCCUCCUUGGCCUGUACAUCACAACUGCAGCAGUGGCACAAGAAGGGCGGAGGAAAGAACAUUGCACCACAGCCAGUGAUGGAAGUGGAAGUUACAAAAACAAAGGAUGAAGAAUUCAGAUUACGUUCUGGCAUCAAAUCUCUUGUAUAUGAUGCCAGGAUGAAAACCACACAUAAUGUAGCUGCAGAGCAGAAACUAAAGGAGUGUCUGAAACAAAUUGACCCUAAUAUGGGCCUGUCUCAAAUGGCUAGUGAACAGAUUGAUCACACGCAUACUAGACUUGUAGAAACAAAAUUUGGCAAAUGUCAAGUUGGUUGUUUCUUGUCAUACCAAGUUUCCCUGACAGAGGCACACUUUGAAGCCACAGCAUCCAUUGACUGCGUACCAAGACUUAGCCAAGUAACUAAAACUCAAGCCCUCACUUAUCCAAGGUUUCCUUUAAGGGAUAUUAAUGAAAUGGCACCACCUGACAAUUUGAGUGAGAAUGACAACAAACUAAUACAAUCUUUGAAGUUAGAGGAAAAUGAACUCAAUGACCUUGAAACACAAACAACGAAACAAGCUGAAUGUACUAAAUGGAAAGAUGAGCGAAAAUUCAGAUUCACUGCCUCUCAAUUUCACUUGAUUUCUAGACGACAGAGAAAUUAUGACACUUUUGUAGAACAAUUGAUCAAUCCAAAAUCGGUUACUUCAAAACAGUUAGAACAUGGAAAAAAGUUUGAAUCUGUUGCAUUAAGGGAGUAUGAAAAGUAUCUGUUUAACAAAAGUACACCUGUUGAGGUGCUCUCUUGUGGUCUUGUUGUUUCAAAGGGGUGUCCCAUUCUUGGAGCUACUCCUGAUGCAAGAGUAGUCGACUUCGGCUGCACAGAUUACUUUGGCAUAGCUGAAGUGAAAUGCCCUUACACAAAACACCAUGUCACGCCCCUUGAUGCUUGUAUGGAUGAAAAGUUCUUCAUGAAACAGACAGGUGACAGGGAGUGCAAACUGAAAGAGGACCACCCUUACUAUGCUCAAGUGCAAGGACAAAUGGCUGUUACUGGAGCAAAGUGGUGUGACUUUAUUGUGUAUACCAGUAAGGGUAUUUAUGUCCAACGUAUACCUUUUGACCCUGUGUUUUGGGCUGGAUUAGAACAAAAACUGCUUUCUUAUUAUUUUGAUCACUUCAUUACCUUUGCAUCUGCAAAGUUUUUCCAGGGGAGUUGUCAAGUAAACAACAACAGUGAUUGUGAAGUAUUGUGCACAGCUACAUCAGGUUAA